CCAACUUCAUACAUACUGUUCCUGUUUUCUUUUAUUGUUGGUUCACUUUUACAACUUAAAACGUAUAGAAUGUGAAUACUUCACAUUUCUUAACAAAAUAAUAACCAUACACUUGUUCUUCCUCAAUUUUGAUUCUCCAGUUUUUCUUGGUUUUGACCAUGAGAAACUAAUGCUACAAUCUUUUUUUCAUUGAUUUAAGCUCCCAAAACGUGAGAGUUUUUGAUAAAGCUUUGGUGGGUGUUGGAAAAAAUGGAGGGAGGUGAUAUUUAUCGAGCGAGUAGUCAUUUACGGAGGAGUAUACGAUCGGGUAGUUCUUCUGUAUGGAGAAACAAUGAUCUGGAGGCAUUUUCGAGGUCUUUUCGAGAAGACGACGAUGAAGGAGCUUUAAUGUGGGCUGCACUCGAGAAGCUACCCACUGUUUCUCGUCUCAGGAAAGGUAUAUUGACUAGCUCUGAAGGUGGUGCCGAUGAAAUCGAUGUUCACGACCUUGGGUGGCAACAACGGCGGGCUUUGCUUGAGAGGUUGGUCAGAGUUGCUGAGGAAGACAAUGAGAAGUUCUUGUUGAAGCUCAAGAACCGUAUAGCUAGGGUUGGCAUUGUUCUUCCCACCAUUGAAGUCCGGUUUGAACAUCUAAAUAUUGAAGCUCAAGCUUUUGUUGGAACCAGUUCUUUGCCUACGGUUCUUAAUUUUACUACUAGUAUAUUCGAGGGUUUCUUGAAUUAUAUUGGUAUUCUUUCGAGUAGAAAGAAACAGUUGACCAUCCUCAAUGAUGUCAGUGGCAUCAUUAAGCCCGGCAGAAUGACAUUGCUUUUGGGUCCUCCAAGCUCUGGGAAGACCACUCUCUUGUUGGCUUUAGCUGGGAAGCUUGAUCCUGCUCUCAAGUGUUCCGGGACGGUGACCUACAACGGCCAUGGCAUGGGUGAGUUUGUACCACAGAGAACAGCUGCCUAUAUCAGUCAACAUGAUCUUCAUAUUGGAGAAAUGACCGUGAGGGAAACUUUGGCCUUUUCUGCAAGAUGCCAAGGGGUUGGAGACCGUUACGAGAUGUUGGAAGAGUUGUCAAGAAGAGAGAAACAGGCGAACAUUAAACCUGAUCCGGAUAUGGAUGUAUUUAUGAAGGCAGUAGCAACAGAAGGUCAGGAAGCAAAUGUAAUCACAGACUAUAUUAUGAAGGUUUUAGGACUGGAAGUAUGUGCAGACACUAUGGUAGGAGAUGAAAUGUUAAGGGGUAUCUCUGGAGGACAGAGGAAACGUGUCACAACAGGUGAAAUGAUGGUUGGACCGGCGAAGGCACUGUUCAUGGAUGAGAUAUCUACUGGUCUGGACAGCUCUACAACUUUCCAAAUAGUGAACUCCCUCAAGCAAAGUGUUCACAUCCUUAAUGGAACUGCAGUCAUCUCUCUCCUCCAACCAGCUCCAGAGACUUAUGAUCUUUUUGAUGACAUUAUUCUCCUUUCUGAUGGCCAGAUAGUAUAUCAGGGUCCUCGCGAACACGUGUUGAGCUUCUUUGAAUAUAUGGGAUUCAAGUGUCCGGAGAGAAAAGGCGUGGCUGACUUCUUGCAAGAAGUUACAUCAAGGAAAGAUCAAAAGCAGUAUUGGGUACGUAAAGAUCAACCUUACAGGUUCGUCACGGCCAAGGAAUUCUCCGAGGCAUUCCAAUCGUUUCACGUGGGGAUGAAACUUGGAGAUGAACUUGGUGUUCCAUAUGCAAAAACGAAGAGCCACCCAGCUGCUUUGACAACCAGAAAGUAUGGUGUUGGAAAGAAAGAGUUGCUCAAAGCUUGCGUAUCCAGGGAAUAUCUGCUGAUGAAGAGAAACUCUUUUGUUUACAUUUUCAAGUUUAUACAACUCACAGUGAUGGCAUUCAUUACCAUGACACUCUUUCUGAGGACCGAGAUGAGACACGAUUCAAUCGUAGGGGGAGGAAUCUAUAUGGGGGCCUUGUUCUUUGGCUUGGUUACAAUCAUGUUUAAUGGGAUGUCUGAGAUUUCUAUGACCAUUGCUAAGCUUCCCGUAUUUUAUAAGCAGAGAGACCUCCUAUUCUAUCCUUCAUGGGCAUAUGCUCUACCAGCAUGGAUACUAAAGAUCCCUAUCUCAUUUGCAGAAGUUUCCAUAUGGGUAUUUCUUACCUACUAUGUCAUCGGAUUUGAUCCAAAUGUUGAAAGGAUGUUUAAGCAGUACCUCAUCCUUGUCUUAGUUAACCAGAUGGCUUCGGGAUUAUUCCGAUUUAUUGCUGCAGCUGGUAGAAACAUGGUUGUUGCUAACACUUUCGGAGCAUUUGCCUUGCUCAUACUUUUUGCAUUGGGUGGCUUUGUCCUGUCACGAGAGGACAUAAAGAAAUGGUGGAUAUGGGGAUACUGGAUUUCGCCUAUGAUGUAUGGACAAAAUGCAUUGAUGGUUAAUGAAUUCCUUGGAAACCAGUGGAGACGAGUUCUUCCGGGCUCAAACGAAUCACUGGGAAUUACAGUUUUGAAGUCUAGGGGUUUCUUCCAUGACCCGGAUUGGUAUUGGUUCGGAGUAGGGGGAUUGCUUGGGUUCAUUGUAUUGUUCAAUUUUUUUUAUACUCUGGCUCUUGGCUAUCUAAAGCCAUUUGAGAAAAUUCAGGCUGUCAUAUCAGAAAAACCGGAAGAGAACGAACAAGCCAAUGUAGUUGGCGGAAAGCUUCAGUUAUCAAACAAUGGAAGUAGCUCAAGCAAUGUAACUAGAUCAGAGGCUACCACUGUUAACAAGAAAAAGGGAAUGGUUCUUCCAUUUGAGCCACAUUCCAUCACAUUCGAUGAUAUUAUCUAUUCAGUUGAUAUGCCACAGGAAAUUAAAGAACAAGGUACCAAUGAAGAUAAAUUGGUGCUAUUGAAGGGUGUUAGUGGUUCUUUCAGACCUGGCGUUCUCACAGCUCUCAUGGGAGUUAGUGGUGCUGGCAAAACCACUCUGAUGGAUGUGCUUGCUGGAAGAAAAACUGGUGGUUAUAUCGAGGGGAACAUCACUGUUUCUGGUUUCCCGAAGAAGCAAGAAACAUUUGCUCGAGUAUCUGGAUAUUGUGAGCAAAAUGAUAUUCACUCUCCUCAUGUCACUGUGUAUGAAUCCUUGCUCUAUUCUUCUUGGCUUCGACUACCGAAAGAAGUUGGUGCCGAAACCAGAAAGAUGUAUAUAGAUGAAGUCAUGGAUCUUGUGGAACUGAAUCCAUUAAGGCAUGCACAAGUUGGUUUGCCAGGUAUAAAUGGUUUGUCAACUGAGCAGCGAAAAAGGCUUACUAUUGCGGUUGAGCUUGUAGCAAACCCCUCUAUCAUUUUCAUGGAUGAGCCAACUUCAGGGCUUGAUGCAAGAGCUGCUGCAAUUGUUAUGAGAACAGUUAGGAACACAGUGGACACUGGAAGAACGGUUGUGUGCACCAUUCAUCAGCCAAGUAUCGACAUAUUUGAAGCAUUUGAUGAGCUCUUCCUUAUGAAGCGUGGAGGACAAGAAAUUUAUGUGGGACCAUUAGGACACCAUUCUAAACAUCUUAUUGAUUAUUUUGAGGGAAUUGAAGGAGUCAGCAAAAUCAAAGAUGGCUACAAUCCAGCAACUUGGAUGUUGGAAGUUAGCACGGCAGCGCAGGAAUUAGCUUUAGGUGUUGAUUUUGCUGAUAUCUACAAAAAUUCAGACUUAUACAGGAGAAACAAAACUCUCAUUGAAGACUUGAGCAAACCUGCUCCUGGUUCAAAGGAACUCUAUUUUCCAACUCAGUUCUCUCGGCCAUUCUUGACUCAGUGUGCAGCUUGUUUAUGGAAGCAGCACUGGUCAUAUUGGCGCAACCCUGCUUAUACUGCUGUGAGAUUAAUUUUUACAACAGUCAUAGCAUUGAUGUUCGGGACACUGUUCUGGGACCUCGGGACUAAAACGAAAAAGAGGCAAGAUCUGGCCAAUGCAAUGGGAUCUAUGUAUGCAGCUGUUCUUUUCCUAGGUAUCCAAAACGCUGCAUCCGUGCAGCCCGUGGUGGCGGUUGAAAGGACAGUCUUUUAUAGAGAAAGAGCCGCUGGAAUGUAUUCUGCCAUGCCAUAUGCCAUUGCCCAGGUCUUAAUCGAGAUACCUUAUAUUUUUGUUCAAGCUGCUGUGUAUGGCCUUGUAGUGUAUGCGAUGAUCGGUUUCGAAUGGACUGCUGCCAAAUUCUUUUGGUAUUUCUUCUUCAUGUACUUCACCUUACUGUACUUCACCUUCUAUGGCAUGAUGGCUGUGGCCGUCACACCAAACCACCACAUUGCAGCCAUAGUUUCCUCUGCAUUCUAUGGAUUGUGGAACGUGUUCUCCGGAUUCAUCAUCCCACGACCGAGAAUUCCUAUAUGGUGGAGAUGGUACUAUUACAUUUGUCCAGUAUCUUGGACACUGUAUGGUUUGGUGGUUUCACAGUUCGGAGAUAUCCAGGAUGUCCUUGAGGAUGGUCAGACAGUAGAACAAUACUUGAGAAACUAUUUCGACUUCAGGCAUGAAUUAAUUGGAGUUGUGGCAGCUGUAAUUGUUGCUUUCACAGUACUAUUUGGAGCCAUCUUCACUGUCUCCAUAAAGUUGUUUAAUUUCCAGAAACGCUAGACUCGUCUCUUUAUUUG